AUGGAGAGUUUUGUGAGGGAGGAGUGCAAGUCUGGAAAGAUUAAGAAACUUGAGGAUGGUUUGAAAUACUUUGAUAAGUUGAUUUUGGAAAGACCAUUACCGUCUAACAUUGAUCAUGGGUUUAGUUUGCUUGGAGAGAUCAUAAAGAGAGGUUAUCGUCCUGAUGCUGUCACUUUAACUACAUUGAUUAAGGGGUUGUGUCUACAAGAAAACAUUCAUUCUGCAUUCGAAGUGUUUGCUAAAAUGACUGAGAUGGGUAUUCAACCUAAUGCUUUUACUUGUAAUACUCUUAUACAUGGGCUGUGUAAAACUGGUCAAGUGGGUCUUGCUCUUCAGUUAAAGAACAAGAUGCCGAAAUGGAAUUGCAGACCGAAUGUUGUUUCGUAUUCUGUCAUCAUAGAUACACUUUGUAAAGGGCACUUGAAAGAGGCAAAGAGACUCUUUGACGAGAUGGUUGGUAAAGGAAUCCCUGCAAAUUUAAUAGCAUAUAAUUGUAUGAUUGACGGGUAUUGCAAGAAUCGUAAGUUGGAUAAAGCUAUGAAGCUAUUCAAGAAAAUGAAGAAAAAAAAAGGAUUAAAACCCUCUGUAGUUACUUACAACACAUUCUUAGCGGGACUUUAUCGAGUUGGAAGAAUGAAGACUGUAGAGAAUUUGAUAAUUGAGAUGCAAACUUUUGGUUUGUCUCCAGAUAUUGUCAUGUACGGUACAAUGUUGGAUGGGUACUGCAAGAAUGGAAAAAUGGAGGAGGCAAUAAAAUUGUUUGAAUUCAUGGAGGGUACUGGUAUCUUAAUUAACAUUCACAUGUACAUCAUUCUUAUUCAUGGUUUUCUUCAGGCUGGCAAGCUGGAAGAUGCAACAAAGCUGUUUGAUGAAAUUCUAAGAAAAGGAUUAGUGCCUAAUGUAGUAACUGAGAAUGCUAUUCAGGGAGACGAUUCGUUACAGUCUGCUAAGAAGAGUUUUAUGGAGAACUUUUCUCCACUUGUGGGUUCUUGUUCGUCUAAUCACCGGAAUCCUCCUGGUUCUUUGUGUGGUGGAACUUCUUCUUGGUCAGGAAUGGUUUCAAAAGAUCUAAGGAACCUUCAGAUGAAAAGUGAUGAUUUGAAGUAUCGUGAUCCUCAACUCUUUAAUGGUCAAAAAGCUUUUGUUUCCUCUUUAGAUGAUUUUGAGGAUGAUAUUUGA